AUGGUGAGAUUUUUUUUCAGAACAUAGUUUCAGUGUUUUCAAUUGAAUCGAGGGAGAACUGGCGCAUAGUCAAUAACUUCCUUAUUAGAGAAACAUCUAAAAAUGACCGUUUGUUAAUUUUCGCAGCUUUCUUUCCAGUUUUACACGGAAAAACGCUCAUUUUCAGUGUCUUUUCAGGGAAAAAUCAUUUGAAAUACUCGUGCGCUCAGCUUGAGCCAAUUCUGCAGACGAAAAAUACUCGAUAAAAGUCAUUUUACCUUUUAAAAUGUUAGUGAAUUCUUUAUCAUUCGGUAACGGCGCUUCGUCGAAUUUUGAUAAAUCACGACAUUUUUCAGCCACAAAAAAAUGUUCUCGGCUUUGUGAGCAAAAAAACAACUUAUUUGUGCUUUAGUCUGAAUUCACAUCUUUUUUUUUAAUUACAGACGAUGGCUAAUCAAAUUUCAGAUCGAAUAUGAAAACCGGAUUUCUAAUUUAGGCCUUUGUUUUCGAGAGAUUCUCAAAAAACCUCCCGGGGACGACAAGAUGUUUUAACAGAGAGCACAAAAGUGCAGCUGGGCAAACUUUUUUCAAUCGAUUUAAAAGUAUAUUUAGAACAUGCAUUUUGAACAGCAUUUGUGCCUAUUUUUCAACAAAAAAAUCGCCGGGGCCCGCGGGGACUAAAUAAAAAAGUCAGUCGAUGGGCGAGGCGAAGCCGUGGACGUAGAGUUUUCUAGUCACGUAGAAGAAGAACGCAUUUUUCAGGUGGACGUGGAAAAAAUCAAGAAUCAGGCAGGUCAUGAAACGGCCGAGGAAUUCAGCAAAGUUACGGAAAACAUUCAAAAAGACGAAACCGGCAAAUAUGUGGUCAUAAAUAAGAGAGUGUGAGCCCCCAAAACUCGACUGUUUCUUUAAUUUCCCCAGAAUUGCAGCCGUUUCCCGCACGAACUCUACUGCAUCGACAUUUGUCUGAAAACGGACGUCGUCGAGUUGACGUAUCAGCGAUCGGACACUGUGAAAUUCAAGUUGGAACUGGUCAAGUACAAGGACGGAUGUCUGCUCAAGGAGCGAAAAAACGAGACAUUCUACAACGAGAACUUUAUGGAAUUCGCCAUCACCGUGUUCAUUGCUCACUUGAGAGGUUAGCUUUUUUGUGCAGAAAGACUUUAUCGACAAACAUGUUCUUCGAUAAAUUUAUCCAACUUGCCGACAAAUUCAUCCAUGAAAACCCGAUAAAAUUUGACUAUUUUGUCGAAAAAGUUACAUCGAUAAGGCUCUCUGCGUUAUUUGAAUGAAAAUGACACUUUGGCAACGAAUAAUUUCAGUGCACUUUUACUCGGUGUACCGUUUCCUAAUCCGACUGGAUCUUCCCUACAAAACGUUUCUCGAAGAGCGGCAUUCCGAUUAUCUCCGCAAGGCCUUCUUCUAUUACUUCAAUCAGGGACUCUCGCGAAUGGAGGAGCCGAUCAAGAGCCGCGAGCUGAAGUUCGACGCGAACAGCGAAUUGGAAGUGAUGGCCGUGCUGCCGUUCCUCUGUCCGGACGCCCUCGAAUCGAUCGAACUCGUCUGCUCGGACGCGCGGCUCGAAGCGAAGGGCGAAGCGGACAUCAGCAUGCUCGACGUGGUGCUCACGCCGCAGUUCAAACAGGCCCGCGCCUGGAGCACCAAGGGAUUCGUGAUGGGCCUCUCGCCGAAGCACUUUGUCCACAUCGAGCACCUCAUCACCUCGUUCUCCUACCUUUCCGUCCAAGACGUGCAGAUUAUGCAACAAGUACAACUUUUCCUCUCUUUUUCACACUUUUCAAUUGACUUUCCGUUCAGGCCUACCUGGAAAUGCCGGGAUUCGUGAAGGCGUCAGUUCAGUGCACGGUGUUCAAUUACGAAGCCGUCGCGAAGGUCCUCGCGGAAAACCCCAACAAAUUGCUCCGGAUGACCAUGUCGAGAAAAGGUCUCUUCGUCGUAGAGAGGCAACAAAACUAG